AUGGCUGAUGCGGGAGCGAGGACGGCGGGCAGCGCGGGGAUGCGGUUGCCGGAUCGGUUUGCGAGUUUGCCGGCGGCGCUGUCUGUGGUGGAUCCGACUUGGGAGACGCUUGACCCAAACCCAGACAUUUUCGAGCUGUUUCAGAUCUUUAAUCGACUCUUCUUCAAUUCCAAGCUUGAUGGCAUCGAGCUCAGCAACGUCCUGCACUCGGCCAUGACACCUGCAUUGCCCCAGCUACGAGCCUCUCUGCUCAUACCACUGCAAUUCGAGUCACAUGCAGCCUACCUAUUUCUCUCCAAGGGCGAGCGGGAUCGAGAUGCCCACGGCCCCAACUUUCACUACCACAUGCAGCGGAUCAACGUGCUUUCCGGAAGCCAGGUCACGGUCUUUCACACCUUUCAUGACGAAGUCGAUUUGCAUCGGGUUCACUGGUGGCAGUGCCAGGGUCCUUGUCAGAAACGAUCGCCUUACUUUGGGCUCGUCAAACGUGCCAUGAACCGUGCGCCCUCGCCGCGAGACCCUUGGUGGGCUGAUCAUCAGCGUAAUUGUGGAGGCAACUACGUCAAGAUUCGCGAGCCGGAGGACUAUGGAAAGAAGAAAAAGAAGAAGAAAUCUGGCAAGCAGCACGACGAAACAUGCCCACCCGAGCAGACGGAUGAACCCACGGCCAAGCGUUCUGCAGGCGCUAGUGUGCCCCCGCGCCGUGCCAGCACCUCUGUGCUUGACCUGUUGCAACGAACUCCAGCCCAGCGAGCGCGCCGGGCAACCGCACCGGACAAGCUCAAAGAGGCAAGCCCCCUGCCAAAAACGAUGGAGGAUGAUUAUGACGCCCAGGCCGUUGCCAGCGAGGAUGAGGUUGUGUGCAUUGCCGAAGACACGAUGGCGAAAGCGUUGCCUCAACAAGGAUCGGCGGCCUCUGAACCCGAGGCUGACCUCGUGUGCCUCGGAGAAAGCUUUGCCUGCCCAAUCUGCAGCGUGGCCGUCGCUACCCAGCUCGACAUGAACCGCCACCUAGACACUGACCAUGCCCUUUAG